UCUUAAGGCGGUAAGGCGAGAUAAGGCGCCGGACCACCGCCUAGACGCCUAGGCGACGCCUAGGCGACGCCUAAGGCGAGCAAGGCGACGCCUUAUCAACCUGAGAAUCAGCAAAACAGCCCCAUGGAGGAGGAAGAAAAAGAAAAAAAGAAAAAGAAAAAAAGGAGAAGGAAGGGGUAGGAGGCCCAGCCCACCAGCCAGCCCAUAUAAUCCUUCCUCUGGCAACCCUAGGUUGCCUCUCUCCCCCACGAUUCAGCUGCCGCUGCCCCCAAUUGAGCCGCCGCCGCCUCAGAUUCGCCGUCGCCGCCUCAGAUUCGCCGCCGCCGCCGCCGAUUUGGACGCUGCCGCCAACGAUUUGGCCUCCGCCGCUCCCGAUUCGACGCUGCCAACCCGAAACAGCGCCGCCCCUUUCCCUUCCCCUCUGCCCUAUGCCCUCUUGCUGCUUCUUACCUAGGCGACGGGGACACCUUGGAUCUUUCGGGCGCCUGGACGCCUAGGCGACGCCUAGGCGUCGCCUAGGCGACGCCUUUAAAACAAGGCUCAUGGGUCUCGGGAAAAGAGAAAACCAGGUUUAUGUUAUCGAUUUUAGACUUGCAAAGAAGUACAGAGAUACAUCAACACACCAGCACAUUCCAUACAGAGAGAACAAGAACUUGACUGGAACAACAAGAUAUGCAAGUGUAAAUACCCACCUUGGAAUUGAACAAAGCCAGAGGGAUGACAUGGAAUCUCUUGGAUAUGUACUGAUGUACUUCUUGCGAGGAAGCCUUCCAUGGCAGGGCCUGAAAGCUGGGAACAAAAAACAAAAGUAUGAAAAGAUUAGCGAAAGGAAAAUUGCAUUUAAUACACCCAAUAUUCGGGAAGGUUUUCAGUUUGAUUAUGUUUUUAACUAGACCAUUCUAAAGUACCAACAGGCACAGAUGACCACUGCUCCACCUCGUGCAAUUGCUCCAGCAGUAGGACAAAGCUCUAGGAUGGCUCCUGUGGCUCAAGGACGAGAAGCUGCUCGUGUACGAUUACUACAGCCGGGGAAGCGUGUCCAACAUGCUCCAUGUGCUGCCGCUUCUCUAUGUCCAGCCGACGUCUGCUGUAGUGCUGCCGCUUCUCUGCUUCUCUAUGUAUUUGGACUUGUGUGAAUUUGUGAUAUGUAUAUAUAUCCAUGUGUUUGAAA